GCCCGGCGGGGCAUGGCGUCCGAGCGAGGCGGGCGUCCGCUGGUGGCCAGUGCUGGGGCCCGGGCCCGGGCCGGGGGAGCGGCGGCGCGCCGGGGCCGAGGGCCGGGGCAGGCGGGGCCGCUCGCUGCCUCUCGCUCGCCGCGGCGGCGACGGCGGCAGGCGCCAGCGAGGCCCGUGGGGAGUGGCGGCGCAGCCCGGCGUGUGGGACGACUGGCCGGGGCCUGGCCCGCGCUCAACCGGCGCGAUGCUUUUCUCGCUCCGGGAGCUGGUGCAGUGGCUGGGCUUCGCCACCUUCGAGAUCUUCGUGCACCUGUUGGCCCUGCUGGUGUUUUCCGUGCUGCUGGCCCUGCGUGUGGACGGCCUGGCUCCCGGCCUCUCCUGGUGGAACGUGUUCGUGCCCUUCUUCGCUGCUGACGGGCUCAGCACCUACUUCACCACUAUCGUCUCCGUGCGCCUCUUCCAGGACGGAGAGAAGCGGCUGGCUGUGCUCCGCCUCUUCUGGGUCCUCACGGUUCUCAGCCUGAAGUUCGUCUUCGAGAUGCUGUUGUGCCAGAAGCUGGUGGAGCAGACCCGGGAGCUCUGGUUCGGCCUGAUCACGUCCCCUGUCUUCAUCCUCCUGCAGCUGCUGAUGAUCCGCGCCUGCCGGGUCAACUAGCCUCGCAGAGGAUAGGCUGGACUGCCGGACCCCGGGCUGAGCUCCCGCAUCUGCCGCACCAGGGGAGAGGUCUGGGUCUCAACGGCAGCUUGUGCCCUGCUGAGUGCCCAGCUUUCUCUUUCUCAGUCAUGUCUGGAAUUGUUCCUUCAGCAGGGCUACAGAGAGCAGCCUUGAUUCUUAAAAUGUAUUCCCUCUUAUCUCAUGCUUUGAAUAGCUAAUCUUGAAUUGAGAUCUUGAGCGGAUCCCAAGAAGGCCAGACAGUCCUGAACGCCUCUGACAGUUGGAAACUGCAAAGGAGUAAAAUGUCCUGAUGGACUCUGCGUAUUUUCAUGGAUCCUGGGAAAGUACCUCUUGCGCAAAGGCUGCAAAGCUGAACUCAAGGUUUCCCCUGGCAAGCAGUGCUGACCUGAGAGCUUACUGCCCCAUCCCCCCAGACAAGACUUCCUUAGAUGCUUGAGCGCUAAAAACUGUAAACCAGCUUGUGUCUCCUCCCCAAUGGCACUGGGGAGGAUGGGCUUUUUCUUCAUUCCAGCCCAGGCAGACAGGAGUAUGUUGAAUAAGUGUGAGCAGAACCCCAUCUGGAGAUCUGUUGCCUGAGAAAAGAACUUGCUUUCAAGGCGCUGCUUGGCUACCUAUCCCAGCAGAUUGCAGUGUCACGACUUUUCCACCACCUGGUGGCCAGCACUGUUAGCGCGCCUGAGACAUGUAGGCCGCCCUAAGGGACCAGCGAGACGAACGGGUGCUCUGAUGCCUUAGCCAUUGAGACCUACACAGGGGAAGCUUGCAGAUGGUCUCAGCCCACGCCUGUCGGCCUGAGGGCUUUGGUUUGAUGCUAGUCAGGUGCCAAAUGAGAACAUUUGCUGAGACAAAAAUAAAAUAAGAGAAUGUUUUGCUGAAAUGCACAGUGGUUGCCU